CUCAGAUUAUAGUUAAUUAAGGUCUUGUCUGAACUACAUAAAAUAAUACUUGAAUUGUUUUUUUACAAACAACAAAAAAAUGUAUAUUCAAGUUUUUAUAAUAACUCUUUCUGCAUGUGUAUUUGCUGAGCCUCAUUCCGUAGCACCAAAUGCACCUCACAGUCUUACUGGAGAUUUCCUACGAAAAAUCGGUGAUUUCAAACAUCAAGAAGCUGAAGUUGCUGACAGUAUAUUUAAUUCAUUGAAAUUUCACGGUAAUCGGAAAGCUCAUACGGCUCCUGGUGAUUUAUUACGAGGUGUUGGUGAUUUUAAGUAUCGGGCGGCAGAUGCUGCUGAUGAUGUAGUAGGAUCAAUCAAAGAUAAGGUAGGACAAGGAACAUCGGUUAUUUCCGGGAUGUUUCAAGGACUUUUGAAUAAGAAACAUUCAGGAAGUGAACAUCCUUCGACCCCAACGACACCACCUGCUCCAACGCCACCUGCAGUAUCUACAGACUUUUCUGCGUCAUUUACUCCGACUUUCCCAUCACAAACAGGGUCAGAGCCAGGUCCUUCAAAUCCAUCAAUACCACCUGCAGGAUCUAUAGACUUAUCUGGAUCAUAUAAUCCAUCUUUCCCACCACAAACAGGGUCACAGCCAGGUCUUUCAUAUCCAUCAAGACCACCGGCAGGAUCUAUAGACGUCUCUGGAUCAUAUAAUCCAUCUUUCCCACCACAAACAGGAUCACAGCCAGGUCCUUCAUAUCCAUCAAGACCACCGGCAGGAUCUAUAGACAUCUCUGGAUCAUAUAAUCCAUCUUUCCCACCACAAAAAGGAUCACAGCCAGGUCUUGGAUAUCCAUCGAGACCACCUGCAGGAUCUAUAGACUUUUCUGGAUCAGCAGGAUACUACCCCGAUUACGAUGUGUAUCCAUAUCCAGACGUGAAAAAAGCAGAAGGCCGUUUCGUAUUCAUAUAUGAUGGAGGACAAAGAGAUCUAACGAUCGAUGACAUUAUUGAAGCUGGAAAAUAUCUGGCAGAAGCAAAAAAAGCAGCUCUCAAAGAUAAAAAAAACACAUCAUAGACUUAAACAAAAAUUUUAUAUGAAUGAUAUUAGUUAUUACUCUUAUGUAUAAAGAUCGCAAUAUAAAUUUAAGAAUAA